UAACCUUAUUUACAAAAACAUCACAAAAAAACAAGAUAAGUGUAUAGUACUUAGAGAAUAGAGAUUACCUUUCUCUUAAUUUUGUUGUUUACUUCACAUAGAGGAAGAGAGAUAUGGGAGAGAUGCCAAUGGGCAAAAGCCAUGAAAUUUUGCAAUUCACCAAUCAUGUUAUACAAGGUAGGUGGUUCUCUCUUUUUGCUUCAUUUCUAAUCAUGGCUGGAGCUGGUGCUACUUAUCUAUUUGGUACUUACUCUAAAGAAAUAAAAUCUUCACUUGGAUAUGACCAAACAACACUUAAUCUCUUGGGUUUCUUUAAAGAUCUUGGUGCUAAUGUUGGUGUUUUCUCUGGUUUACUUGCUGAAGUUACUCCAACAUGGUUUGUUUUACUAGUUGGUGCAUCCAUGAAUUUCACUGGCUAUUUCAUGAUAUGGUUCUCUGUUGUUGGCAAAAUUCAAAAACCAAAUGUUUGGCUUAUGUGUAUGUACAUAUGUCUUGGUGCUAAUUCACAGAAUUUCGCAAAUACUGGUGCUCUUGUUACAUCUGUUAAAAACUUCCCAGAGAGCAGAGGAAAUCUGAUUGGUUUGUUAAAGGGUUUUACUGGAUUAAGUGGUGCUAUAAUGACACAAUUAUACUUAGCUGUAUAUGGAAAUGAUGCUACAUCACUUAUUUUGCUUAUAGCUUGGUUACCAGCUGCAAUAUCUCUCAUUUUUGUGUAUACCAUUCGUGAGAUGAGAGUCGUUAAGCAGCCGAAUCAGUUGAGAGUUUUCUACUAUUGUUUGGCUAUAGCAAUUGUGUUGGCAUUGUUUCUUAUGGUUGUGACAUUGGUUGAGAGGACAGUUAGAUUUACUCAUGGGGCUUAUGUUGGUACUGCUACUAUAGCUUGUGCUUUGUUGUUUUUACCUCUUUUGGUUUUCCUUAGAGAAGAGUUAGGUGUUUUUCGUAGAAAGAAUGUUAUCGAUCCUCCACGAGUAAGUACCACCGAGCAUCCUCCAGUACCAGUAGUAGUAGUAGUGGAGAAUAAAGAUACUAACAAUUUGAAGUGUUUGUCAUUCAAUGACAUUUUCUUGAAUAAACCAGAAAGAGGGGAAGAUUAUAGUAUAUUGCAAGCACUUUUGAGUACUGAUAUGUUGAUUUUAUUCGUUGCUACGUUCUGUGGACUUGGGACGAGCUUGACUGCUGUCGAUAACUUAGGACAGAUCGGAGAGUCUUUAGGAUAUCCAACAACAACAAUCAAGUCCUUUGUGUCACUUCUUAGUAUAUGGAACUUUUUUGGGAGAAUUUUCUCAGGAUUUGUAUCUGAGGCGUUGCUCGUUAAGUACAAAUUCCCAAGGACACUUAUGAUGACAUUAGUCCUGUUGUUAUCCUGCAUUGGACUGCUUCUCAUCGCGUUUCCAUUCAACGGAUCAGUGUACGUUGCAUCAGUGAUCAUCGGGUUCUCAUUUGGUGCACAAUUGCCUUUACUCUUCUCAAUCAUUUCUGAACUUUUCGGAUUGAAGUACUAUUCCACAUUGUUCAAUUGUGGUCAAUUGGCUAGCCCUCUUGGUUCAUACAUAUUGAAUGUGAAGGUAACUGGACCGCUCUACGAUAGAGAGGCAUUGAAGGAUCUCGCGAAAAAAGGCUUAACUAGAUCAUCUGUCAAAGAAUUGACAUGUAUUGGGAACCAAUGUUAUCGACAGGCUUUUGUUAUCUUGGCUAGUGUCGCGUUUUUUGGGGCGCUAGCCUCGUUGAUUUUGGUUGCAAGAACUAGAAAAUUUUAUAAAGGUGAUAUAUACAAGAAGUUCAGAGAGCAAGCUGAGGCAACUGAGGCAGAAAUGGCUUCAACAAACAAUAAAUAGGCAGAUAUACACACUAAGAACAUUACACAAUUUAAGGCCAAAUUUUGGCCUAUUUAAGUAGUUUUUUUCUUUCUUGAUCAUUUAUGUAUCCAUUAAUCAUGUAUUAAUCCUAUGAAAAGAAAAUUGUCAUUU